AUGGCCAGCGACCGUGUAGAAGUGGCCGUGGAUGAGAAUCUUCUUGCGGAACUUCCUAAGGACGGCAAGGUGAUCGAGGCAACAUCUCUGGGACUGAGCGACUGGUGCGAUACCACACAGUACAACAAAGCAAGAGGCGAGGGGGGCUUAGAACAGAUUCGAGCACACUGGCACUCCGAAAGCAGCGUAUACAAGUUCAUCCCCGAGUACAUCCCUCGACCAGUCGCGUUCAGGGAGUAUGCAUCUCAGCCGAACACUUAUUUCCUCCUUCUGGAGUUUGAGGACAUGAUUGACGAUGACAUCCCACCUCCAGAGACAUAUAUGGCGGUCCCAAGUGCGCUUCAUCUCCGCAGUGCAGGGAAAUCUCCCACAGGGAAGUUUGGAUUCCCAGUGAAUACUAGUUUUGGCAACCUGACACAACCCAAUGGCUGGGAAUCUUCCUGGGAAGUAUGGUGGACGACUCAUAUGAAGUUCCUGUUGCAAAGGGAAAGAGUCAUUCGCGGCGCCUACGCCGCCGAAGAUGAGACAACAUUGAACUUCUAUCUGGAUACAGUGCUUCCUCGUUACUUGCGUCCCUUGGAGACAGAAGGCCGCUCUAUCAAACCAACACUCUGCCACACAGAUCUCUGGCCUGGAAACGUCAAGUACAAGCUGGACAACGAAACCAUCAUUGUAUACGACGCAAACGCCCUAUGGGCCCAUAACGAAAUUGAGUUGGCCCCAUUCCGCAACCCAAGAUAUCCACUUGGGAAGGCAUACUUUCAAGAGUACUGGAAGCAUGUACCAAUUUCCGAACCUGAAGAAGAUGCCGAAAGCCGCAUAAUCAUCUACCUCAUCCGCCAUCAGGUCUGCCUCGCCAGCCUAUACCCCACUGAGCUGAAGUUGAGAGAUGCAUUCCUCAGCAAUAUGCGUCUUCUAGACGCUGAGCUCGAGAACGAGGACGUCAACGAAGACGAGCUUUUUACGGUUUUUACCAAAUGGCAGAAACACUGGAUCAGCCUCAGCGCAUCGUUUUCGGCCAUGUUUUCUACCAUGAGCAGUUACAUAUACUAUCCGGCCAUUGUUCCCAUCUCUCGAGAUCUUAGGGUGUCGGUCUCCCUGAUCAAUCUUACAGUAACCUCGUAUUUGAUUAUCGCCGCGAUUGCACCUGCCUUUAUGGGGGAUAUGGCUGACCAAAGUGGCCGGAGACCAAUAUUCCUCUUGAUGUUCGUCUUGAUGAUUGGAGCAAAUGUUGGGAUUGCUCUCCAAAGUUCAUUUCCUGCCCUACUGGUGCUUCGUAUGCUCCAGAGCUCAGGUGCUUCUGGGUUGACUGCCAUUACCUACGGUGUUAUAUCGGACAUUACAUUGCCGAAAGAUAGGGGAGGUUUCGUUGGUGUAUUGUUACUCUUUACAGACAUUGCCCCUAGUCUUGGACCUGUGAUUGGAGGCGGCAUAACUCAAGAGCUUGGAUGGAGAUGGAUAUUCUGGUUCCUGACAAUUAUUAUUUCAAUUACAGCUCUUACCAUGCUGUUUUUCUUCCCCGAGACGCAGCGCAACAUCGUGGGAAAUGGCAGCGCCAACGCUAGGGGCAUUUACUGGAGCUUCUUCACUCUGAUCAACAAGAGCCCCCAAAGGAAAGACGGAGGAGCAUUGAGAAGUCAAAAUUCCAGGCGACACUGGCCAAACCCGUUCGCCUGUCUGCCGAUCUUGAAAGACCGCAGCUCACUCGUUGUGAUACUCCUGUACGGCAUCACAUAUUCCGUGAAAAUGACGCUGCAAACAUCGCUGGGUGCCCAGUGUUCGGAGAUCUACAAACUAGACUACCUGACUGCGGGAUUGAUAUAUAUCCCUUCCGGGGUCGCCGGAGGGAGAAUUCUCAAUCGGAAUUACCGAGCAGCAACAAGCAAGCUAUCAGAAAGUAGCGACCAAAAUGGCAUUGCGCCCUCUGAAGUACAGAUUGAACAAGUCAGAUUGAAGGGCUUGAACUUUUUAGUCACUAUAAGCGCGUUAGGAACUGUUGGAUACGGUCUCGCGCUCAUGGCAAAAGCGCACAUGGCUGUCAUGAUUAUAAUGCAGUUUAUCACUGGAAUCACCACUGCUAGUCUGUUCACGAUGACAGGAACACUCUUAACCGACCUCAACUGCGAAAGAUCUGCUACAGCACAGGGUGCGUCCAGCAUAGUGAGAUGCUUGGGAGCGGGUGCGGGAAUUGCAGCACUACAACCACUCGCCGAUGCUGCGGGGUUGGGCUGGUGUUUUGCUAUCUAUGCGUUGUUCCUUGCCACUGAGUUGCCUUUGGCUUGGAUCAUUCGCAAGAAGGGACCGGGUUGGAGGAAGCAGCGCAGACCUUGA